ACGCCGUCCAAGGUAUGGUCCCACACGGGAACCACACAACGAGCGAUCUAAUUUACGAUCACCGUCAAGUGUAACGAACUUUCUACAGUAAUUGUAAUUUUAGCCCCUACACCCAAGGCACGAAAUUCAAAACGUGGGCCGCUCUGAAUGUCAAUUUUCCGUCCUUCUUUCACUUUCACUUCCACUGUGCCGCCAUGUCCGAUGUUUUCGAUGCGAAGGCGAAGUUCUUCCCCCACGAAAAGUCGUCCUUCGAGACGACGUCCAGGGACGACGAGCCCGCCGACCUCAAUAUUCCUGACAAUUACGUCGACCACAUCCUCAAAACAACGAAACAGUUGCCUCCCAUUACAUGGUCCAAUAUCUUGAAUGAGAUUCAGUGGAGGAAUUUCACCGCCAUUUUUGGUCUUCCCAUCAUCGGUUUCAUUGGUGCUUAUUAUACGAGUUUGAGGGUGGAGACAUUCAUCUGGAGUGUAGUUUACCUUUUUUUAUCUGGUCUGGGUAUGUCCGCUGGCUAUCACCGUCUUUGGGCCCAUCGCGCAUACAACGCCUCACUUCCCCUCCAAUACGUCCUCGCUUGUCUUGGUGCCGGAUCUGUUCAAGGUUCCAUCGGGUGGUGGGCUAGAGCUCACCGCGCUCACCACCGAUACACUGACACCGACCUUGACCCGUACAAUGCGCACAACGGUUUCUGGUACUCCCACGUUGGAUGGAUGCUUCUACGACCAAGGAGAAAGCCAGGUGUAGCGGACGUUAGCGACCUCAGGCGCAACCCUGUAGUCAAGUGGCAACACAAAUACUACUAUCGGUUGGCCGCGACUUUUGCACUCCUUAUCCCGACGUUGGUUGCCCAUUACGGAUGGGGCGACGCGAAGGGUGGAUUUGUUUACGCUAGUAUUUUGCGGUUGGUGGUUGUGCAUCAAUCUACGUUCUGUGUUAACUCUCUUGCACACUGGUUAGGUGAAGCACCAUUCGAUGACAAGCAUACACCCCGCGACCACAUGAUUACCGCCUUUUUGACCGCUGGUGAAGGUUACCACAACUUCCACCACCAGUUCCCCAUGGACUUCCGAAAUGCUAUCAAAUGGUAUCAGUACGACCCCACGAAAUGGACUAUCUGGGUCCUGUCCAAGCUUGGGUCGGCCAGCCAUCUGAAGAGAUUCCCCGACAACGAGAUUCGCAAGGGGCAAUUGACUAUGCAGCUCAAGAAGUUGAAGGAGGUCCAGGACGGCUUGAAUUGGCCGGCUGAUAGCAAUGACCUACCGGUGGUCUCUUGGGAGACUUUCCAAAACCAAUCUGCGAAUAGACCGUUGAUUCUCAUCGCCGGAUUCAUCCACGACCUUUCGGGCUUCAGUGAGGAACAUCCUGGAGGCGCUCAUUUAAUUCGCAAGUUCAUCGGGAAAGAUGCAACCACGGCAUUCUUUGGUGGUGUGUAUGACCAUUCAAAUGCUGCGCACAAUCUACUCGCAAUGAAACGCGUCGGUAUUCUCAACGGCGGACACCCACAUGCACUCGACGACAAGGGUAUCCCUCCCAGCUCACGACUAAAGGUCGCGAAGUACACGGAACUUAGCAAGCCUGCUUGGAGUGACGAAAAGUAGAUGAUAUGUUUUCUGUUACUUAUCAACAAUGGCUCUCGCUGUAAUACUGGGGAACGCUUUGUGUUGAAUCCAUACCCUUCCGCUUUUUCGGAUGGCACACGCUAUUAUGUGGCUAUUGCAUCUGAGGUGGCAUCAGGAACUGUAAGGUAUGUCCAAGGUCAAAAUGAGCUUCGGCCGUUCCAAUUAGUUGUCCCAACGAGCGAAGGUCUCAGGAAUGGCCGAAUAGGAUG